AUGUCCCCGCAGAAGCGCUUAAAUACACUCGGCUUGUUCGUCAAUCUGGUGCUCAGCGCGUUCAUAUUUGGCAGCGUGUGUGCGUAUCUCUUUGUGAACAUGCGCACAUUCCAAUUGCUUGCCAUCGGAUCGGUGGUGCUUCCUGCGGUUGCUCUGACGCCAGAGCAGUUGAUUACGGCUCCGCGUCGCAGUGAUGCUGUACCUAAUCCGUCGGGCGAGGCCGCGUUGUUCUCUACUGGACAGUAUUCUUUUGAAAGCCAUGAAUCAUCAACAGUCUGGGAUCUGAUCGAUCUCAAGAGCGGGAAGAUCUCUCAACUUACAAAUGAUAGCAAUGUGGCUGAGAUUGUCUGGUUGGGAUCGAGUGACUCGGGGUUGUUGUACAUCAACAGCACCAACGCCGAUAUCCCUGGCGGUGUUGAACUAUGGGUUUCUAACACAACUGACUUUGAGAAAUCUCGAUAUAAGGCAGCCUCACUGCCGGCUUCCUUUUCAGGUUUGAAGACUGCCAUCACCGAGUCCGGUGAUAUCAACUUCCUCGUGUACGGCCAGUCCUACGGUAAUGGGACCGCCUACAACAAAGAGUUGGCAAUGAAACCGUUCAGCACCGCCCGCAUUUAUGACAGCAUCUACGUGCGUCACUGGGAUACAUGGCUCACAACCACCUUCAAUGCUGUCUUUUCGGGGACCCUCGAAGAGAAGAAAAGCGGACAAUGGGCUACGUCCCGCUAUAUUUCCAAGGGUUCUUUGAAGAAUCUUGUCUCCAGUGUCAAAAACCUCGAGUCACCCUAUCCUCCCUACGGAGACUCAUCCGAUUACGACAUCUCACCAGAUGGGAAAUGGGUCGCUUUCAAGAGCAAGGCCCCCGAGCUGCCCAGGGCGAACAACACCGCUUCGUAUAUUUACCUUGUUCCGCACGAUGGCUCUCAGAAUCCCGGAGCAAUCAAUGGCCCUGAUAGUCCAGGCACGCCGGAUGGUGUCAAAGGAGACUCCAGCGGCCCUGCAUUUUCACCGGAUAGUGAGCGCCUUGCAUACUUGCAGAUGACAGAUGUCGCCUACGAGGCCGAUCGUCGCACCCUCUACGUCUACACAAUUGGAUCCAAACAGACAAUCUCCGUCUUGGCAAAGGACUGGGACCGCUCACCAAGUGCAGCAAAGUGGACGGCCGAUGGUAAAAACCUCAUUAUCAACACCGAGGAUCGAGCUCGCAACCGGCUAUUUAUCUUGCCUGCUGAUGCAGACGAUGAAUUCAAGCCUCGUAACUUCACCGAUGGUGGCUCUGUUGCCUCUUACUACAACCUUCCUAAUGGCGAGAUCUUGGUUUCCGGCUCGGCUAUCUGGACUAGUCGGACGAUAUACACUGCGACCCCGGAAAAGGGCGUUACCAACGUAAUCUUCUCUGCAAAUGAGGUUGAUCCCGGUCUCAAGGGGAUCAGUCCCGCGGAUGUCGAUGAGUUCUACUACGAAGGAAACUGGACUGAUAUCCACUCUUGGAUUAUCUAUCCUGCAAACUUCGACAAGUCCAAGACCUACCCGCUCCUGUUCUAUAUCCAUGGUGGGCCUCAAGGUUCAUCGGCCGAUUCCUGGAGCACCCGUUGGAACUACAAGGUGUGGGCGGAUCAGGGUUAUGUGGUGGUUGCCCCGAACCCGACUGGCAGCACUGGCUUCGGCGAUAAGCUCACCGACAUGAUCACUAAUAACUGGGGGAGCUAUCCAUACGAUGACCUGGUGAAGGGCUGGGAGUUUGUCCGUGACAACUUCGACUUCAUUGAUACAGACAACGGCGUUGCUGCUGGCGCCAGCUACGGCGGUUUCAUGAUCAAUUGGAUUCAGGGUAAUCCUCUGGGUCGAAAGUUCAAAGCGCUGGUCAGCCAUGAUGGAACAUUCGUUGCCGACGCCAAGAUUUCGACAGAAGAGCUCUGGUUUAUUGAACAUGAUUUCAACGGCACCUUCUGGGCCAACCGAGACAACUAUCGUCGUUGGGAUCCCUCUGCCCCUGAACACAUCUUGCAAAUGGAUACGCCGCAGUUGAUCAUCCACAGUGACUUGGAUUUCCGCCUGCCCAUCUCAGAAGGUCUCAGUCUAUUCAAUGUCCUGCAAAUGCGUGGCGUCCCAAGCAGACUGCUCAACUUCCCCGAUGAGAAUCAUUGGGUCACGAACCAGGAAAACAGCUUGGUUUGGCAUCAGCAAGUGCUAGGGUGGAUCAACAAGUACUCUGGGAUCGGGGCCAGUAACCCCAAUGCCGUGAGUCUGGAUGAUACAAUUGUGCCGGUGGUGGAUUACAACCCCUGA